AUGGAGGCAGAAACUGGAGCUGGGCGGGGGCAGAGCCCUGGUGCGGAGAGAGGAGCCCGGUGUGUAGGCGGAGCCCGGUGGGCAGAAGCGGAGCCUGGUAGGGCAGAGGCGGAGCCCGGGGGAUGGAGGCGGAGCUCGGAGGAGAUGGAGGCGGCGCCUGGGGAGGCGGAGGCUGAACCUGGGGGCGGAACUUGCGGCAGAGGCAGAGCCCGGGACGGGGCGUGGAUGGAGCCCUGGGGUGGAAGGAGGAGCCCGGGUAGUCCGCUAGCCGAGCCACAACCACCGUCACCGGGCCCGGGAAGUGGAUUUCCAUCACCGCCCUCACUGCCUCCGCCCACCAGGACCAGUCGAGCUCAGCGUUUUCCCUUCAGCAUCUGUAUCCAUAGCGACGGCGCUUUCAUCACGCUUGACAAUGGAGGAGUGCUCUGCGCCUGCGCCUGCCCCUCCCCCGCCCCACCCACAGAGGGCUUGGUCUUCGCGUUUCUCCCAGGCUGCCAUGAAAAACCACAUACUAGUGAGAUCCCCUAUGAAUGUAAUCAGUGUGGUAAAGCGUUUAAACGUUGCUGUGAUCUCCAGAGGCAUGAAAGAAUUCAUACUGGAGAGAAGCCCUACGAAUGUAAUCAGUGUGGUAAAGCCUUUGCAUCCUUUUCAAGACAUAGUAGUCUCCAAAAUCAUAAAAGGACACAUACUGGAGAGAAACCCUUUGAAUGUAAUCAAUGUGGUAAAGCCUUUGCAGAUCUCAGUAACUGCCAGAGCCAUAAAAGAAUUCAUAGUGGAGAGAAACCCUAUGAAUGUCAUCAAUGUGGUAAAGCCUUUUCACAACUCAGUAGUCUCCAAAAGCAUAAAAGAACACAUACUGGAGAGGAACCCUAUGGAUGUAAUCAGUGUGAUAAAGCAUUUUCUCAUUGCUGUGAUCUCCAGAGACAUGAAAGAAUUCAUACUGGAGAGAAGCCCUAUGAAUGUAACCAAUGUGGCAAAGCCUUUUCACAUCCCAGUAGUCUCCAAAGUCAUAAAAGAACACAUACUGGAAAGCAGCCCUAUGAAUGUAAUCAAUGUGAUAAAGCC